GGAAAAGAAAAAAAAAACCUGUGGUUGUUGUGCAGUUUCCUGUUCACCAGGCGUUGAAACCUAGGCGUUGAAUUUCCGUUCUCUACUCUCUUUUUCCCCACUGAACUCUCGUAACUGUCAGCAGCAGGUCAUCAGGGCCAGCUCUGAGCUGCUAUUCAUUUACUUACAUUGGACAUCCACUGGACAAUCCUGAAGCACACCUCAUUCAUCCACCUCCUUUUCUCCCGCUUGCUGCUCAAGCAUGCUGCCUCUCAGGGUGUUGGGUCUUCUCAUGCUGACGAUUUUACUGCGUGAUGCAGAGAGCACAUGCACCACUGACAGCAAUCCUCUCACCCUGGAUCCUCCUGAGAUUGUAGGAGCAUAUGGAGAGACAGUCACUGUAAACUGCUCAACUGAUGAGCUGUAUCAUGAAGGGAUGUACUGGAGAGAUGGAAUUAAAAUCAAUGAUGAGGAAACGUCUGUCUUAUUACAUUUGACACUGUCAGACUGGAAUGUAAAGCAAGAGUGCAGAAUAAUGAUAAAUGACUCGCUUGAAUGCGGCAAAGACCUGAAAAUCACAAUAUACAAGACUCCAGACAUUGUGUCAGUCUCUGCGAAGCAUCAUGGUUUGAUGGUGGAGGGCACAGACUUCCAGCUGAAUUGUGACAUUAUCAAUGUGGCCCCCGUGCAGAAGCUUAAAGUCAAGUGGUACAGAGGCAAUGAGACGGUGCACACAGAAACGUUUAAUGGCACCAGUGCGACACCAGUCAAUGUGACCUCUAGCUUUGUUGUCACUCCUGAGAGAGAUUACAAUGGAACACUUUUCAGGUGUGAGGCUGAGCUGCACCUCGGACCAAAUGGGCCAGAGCUCAUCCCAACUAAAUCUUCAUCACCUUACACUGCUGUUGUUAACUAUAAGCCUCUAAACCAAGCUUGUCCAAAGCGUUACACUGGUGUGGAGGAUCACUUCAGUAUGAGCGUGUUGGACUGUGACGCUGAUGGGAACCCUUCACCCACUCUUCAGUGGUACUAUCAGGGAAACCUGAUCGAUGCAUCUGAGCUUCUCAAUAGGACUCACUCAGGGAUGUACACAGCCAAAUUUGUAAAUAGCAUUGGCACCAGCGAGACUUCCGUCAACAUCACAAUUGAAUACGCCCCUUUGUUUACCUGCAAUGAUCACUAUGAGGUUCAAGAGGAUGAUAAACCCCAAACUGUGUGUGAACCAAAGGGAAUGCCUAAGCCCACCAUCACCUGGUUUAAGGAUGGAAAGGAAAUAGAAACCCCGCAGCGUUGGACAAAGCACGAUAGUGGACAAUACUUGCUUAGAGCAAUCAACGAACAUGGAACAGCUAACCACUCUCUUCAUCUUGAUGUUUUGUAUGCUCCUGAAUUCAAGAACAAUACACAUUUUAAUGUCUCUGUGGUUGAGGGUAAUGAUUUCACCCUGACAUGUGAAGCUGAUGGGAGCCCUCCUCCUGUCUUUAAUUGGACCCAUGAUGGGGUGAAUAUCUUGGAGUACGCAAAUUAUCUCAACCUUACCCGAGUAAUGUCCAACGCAACCUACUCCUGCAUAGCUACCAAUAAGCUGGGAAGCAUAACAAAGCAAAUACAUGUUCAUGUGAUAAAAAAUACCACAAGAGCAAUCCAGGAAACCAUGACCACCCCUGAGGAAUCAGCACAAACAGAUUGCCCUCUAACAUUGACGCCUUCAGAAGUUGCGGUGAGAUUUGGAGAUCAAGUUUCAAUUAACUGCAGCACAUCAGCCACAGAUGCUUUGGGAAUGGGCUGGGAGGCUGCAGUUGGAGGCAAAGGGUUUAAAAAUGUUACUGCUGUUACCUGGACGGUUGAACAAAUUGAAGAAUGGACCAUAAAACCUGACUGCUACAUCACUUUAAAUAAUUGGCAGUGCACUGUGACACCAAACAUCACUCUCUAUAAGACUCCAGACAUUGUGUCAGUCUCUGCGAAGCAUCAUGGUUUGAUGGUGGAGGGCACAGAGUUCCAGCUGAAUUGUGACAUUAUCAAUGUGGCCCCCGUGCAGAAGCUUAAAGUCAAGUGGUACCGAGGCAAUGAGACGGUGCACACAGAAACGUUUAAUGGCACCAGUGCAACACCAGUCAAUGUGACCUCUAGCUUUGUUGUCACUCCUGAGAGAGAUUACAAUGGAGCACUUUUCAGGUGUGAGGCUGAGCUGCACCUCGGACCAAAUGGGCCAGAGCUCAUCCCAACUAAAUCUUCAUCACCUUACACUGCUGUUGUUAACUAUAAGCCUCUGAUCCAAGCUUGUCCAAAGCGUUUCACUGGUGUGGAGGAUCACUUCCGUAUGAGCAUGUUGGACUGUGACGCUGAUGGGAACCCUUCACCCACUCUUCAGUGGUACUAUCAGGGAAACCUGAUCAAUGCAUCUGAGCUUCUCAAUAGGACUCACUCAGGAAAGUACACAGCCAAAUUUGUAAAUAGCAUUGGCACCAGCGAGACUUCCAUCGACAUCACAAUUGAAUACGCCCCUUUGUUUACCUGCAAUGAUCACUAUGAGGUUCAAGAGGAUAAUAAACCCCAAACUGUGUGUGAACCAAAGGGAAUGCCUAAGCCCACCAUCACCUGGUUUAAGGAUGGAAAGGGAAUAGAAACCCCGCAGCGCUGGACAAAGCACGAUAGUGGACAAUACUUGCUUAGAGCAAUCAACGAACAUGGAACAGCCAACCACUCUCUUCAUCUUGAUGUUUUGUAUGCCCCUGUGUUCAAGCAGAAAAAUAACACUAUGACGAUAACGCCGGGUGAAAAUGUGACUUUUGACUGCCAUGCUGUCGGCAACCCUCCCCCUGUGAUCCGCUGGAACUACACCUCUGCAGAGAAUGUGAUGGAGACCACUUGGGGGCGCCAAAGGAAUAUCACCGUCAAAGGAGCCACGUCUACCAAUGCUGCUGUUUACAUCUGUGUUGCCACGAAUAAAGUUGGGAGCGUGACAAGAUCUGUCAAGCUGAUAAUGCAAGGUGAGAACGCCAGUGCACAAAUCAACCCAAAGAUUUGGUGGUUUAUCAUUCCAUUAACCAUUGUCUUAUUGAUCACCACCAUCAUCAUCAUAUAUCACAAGUGCCAGAAUAAACAUGGAAGAUAUAAUUUUGUCCCUAUCCCAGGUUCAGAUAUCCCUUUGACCACUAAGUCUUAAGAUGUUUAUUAUUAGCUGAAUAGGUAAGGUUUAAUCAGCCGGGGACUGAGAACUCAAUCAGCUAUGUCAUUAAUCUUGAAUAGCAAGAAGAAGGCCUGUAAAUAUUGUAUUUUCAUCGUAACUAUGGCCUAUUAUGAUCUUGAUUUACUGUUAUAUUAUGAAGAGGCGUAUAACCUAGCUGUUCUUAAAACACAAAACUUGCACAAUAGUCUGUUUUAAUUGCUCUGUUUAUAUUUGCUUAAUGUAUACAUUACAGUGAUCAUCUUUAUGGUUUCACAUGUAUUUGCUUUUUAAAAAAAAAAAAUACAGCCUUGAUUGAUGUCAGUGGCUGAUUCUGCAUUGUGACCCUCUUGAAAUGUUAGGUUUGUAAAACAAAAAUAAUAAACUGUAUAAAAACAC